UCCCCCCCCGCCGCCAUGUGCCACGACAAGCCCCCCACGCAGAAACAAGCACGGGACGCACAGGCCGCCGACGCGCCCCUCGCCUGGGAGACGAUCCCGCUGCCUCCCGCCCAUGUCCUCUCCCACCGUACGCCCCCCCCCCCUCCCCCCCUCUGGCUAAUGAGUACGACAGUGACAGACGCACACUGCCACCCGACAGACCUCGCCCAUCCCCCCGCGGUAUACGACAUCCUCGCCCUCGGCGGACUCGCAGCCAUGGCGACCGCGGCGGACGACCAGGCGAAAGUGGAGGCGCUGGGCCGGGAGAGGCAGUGGUUCAGGGGGGACCCGGGCCGGAACGAGGGACGCGGCAGGGGGAAAGGGAAAGGGGGGGCAGGGGUGGGCGUGGUGGCGUGCUUCGGAUACCAUCCCUGGUUCACCCAUCGCUAUACCCUCUCUCCGCCGUCCGCCAUCCCUUCCAGGCGGGACCACUAUACCUCUCUCUUCCUCCAAUCCGCCCCUGCCAAGUCCACCUCCAGCGACCGCCCAGACGAAAACACGCUCGAAACCCUGUUGGAAACCCUCCUGCCCUUCCUCCCCGACCCAACCCCUCUCCAGCCCUUGCUCCACACCCUCCGCCAAAACCUCGUCAAGUUCUUGGACGAAGGGAGACUGACAAUGCUGGGAGAGGUGGGGCUGGAUGCGAGUGCGAGGCUGAGGUGGCCGGUCGAGGCGAGAGGUAUCUGGGAGGAGAUGUAUGGGAAGGGGAGGAAGGAACUGGAGCCCGCGCCAGGGGAAGGAGAAGAAUGGAAACGCCUGACACCGUUCAAAGUCCCCAUCGCACAUCAACGUGCCGUCCUUGAAGCUCAAAUGGAAAUCGCAAUCGAGCUGGGUGUCAACAUUUCAUUCCAUUCUGUCGCUUGUGCUGGCCCGACGAUGGAUGUUUUAAACAGUAUGAAAACCAAACACGGCCCCCACUUUAUCCGGCGCGUAAACGUUGAUCUUCAUUCCGCCGGGGGAUGGAGUCCUCAGUUCUGGACACAGGCUCAAAAAUCCCUUCCCAACCUAUACGCAUCCCCCUCCAUCCCCAUCACUUCCCGCUCCCCCUCCGCCCCAUCUCUCAUCCGCGCCAUCGCCCGCGAUAGAAUGCUGGUAGAGUCGGACACCCAUGAUGCGAGGUUGAGUACAAGGUACGUUUGGGCAGCGACAGAGUGGGUGGGCAGGUUGAAAGGGUGGAAGGUGGAGGGUUUGGAUCGCAAUCGGGAUUGUCCAAGGGUGGAGGAAGACUGGGAACUAGAAAGCGAAGAAGAAGCAUACGACCAUCGUGGAAAACCUAUCGACCCUGCACCAGAAGAAACAUGGACCGUUCGGACAUUGGAGAGGAACUGGGCACGGUUUAUGCGUCUUUUAGAUUGAUUGAAUUGACUUUUGAUGCAUAAA